AAAACCCCAAAGCUUUCCUUCUCUUUGCAAUCGAGAUUUAUCGGAAAAAUUGUCAUCCCUUGGAGACGACAAUGCAGAGGUUUUGCACUAAGCUACGUUCCAUUUCCAUCCAAUCUAAUCGGAAUCUCGCUUUUAUCGGUGCACCUCACCGUCUCAUUCACCAUUCUCCUUCCCCGAGCCGUCACUUAACAACCCUAGGUUUCGCCAAUACGACCAAAUGGAGCUUCGUUCCCGCCGCCGGAGUCUCUCCUCCGUUCAAUGUUAGCUCUAUGGGUUCUACCUUUGUUCCUCAUCACUUUGUUCAAGUAAGAAAUAUCACUUCCAAGGAAAAAAUGGCAAAAUGGAAGAAGAAGUGGAGACCAAGGACUCCAAUCACAUCAAAAGUCAAGAAAGUCAAGAUAAAGUUUUAUUCGUCAUUCAAAGACAGGUUUAAACCACUAAAUGAUGGUACCAUCCGUCGCUGGAAAGAGGGAAAGCGCCACAACGCGCACUUGAAGUCAAAGAAAUCGAAGCGUAGAUUGAGACAGCCUGGAUUAGUACCACCAGCAUAUGCCAAAGUCAUGAAGAAACUCAAUUUCUGCAACUGAGAGAGAUAGAGAAAGAAUACAGUAUGAUUACGAUUGAAAGCCAGUCUCUUCCAUUUUUAGUCCAGAUAAUUUAUUUUUUUGCUUCACUGGUACCUAAAAACCUUAAUCAUACUCUUAGUUUCUUUAUCCUCUUCAGUUUUAACCUUUCAAUCACCAAAGGAAUAAAAUUGGCAUUUUGGUCCUUUUCCUAAAGA